AUGGCGUGCCCUUCCAAUUCCUUGCUGUACAACGCCACUCUCUGCUCCUGCAACCCCGGCUACCUCUUCAAUCGCACCUCCAACGCCUGCGCACUCUUCGCCGCGGAGCCACCGUUUCUCCAGCUUAGCAGCGGCGUCAGCUACGGCUCUGCCUUCACCUUCCCCGCUGCCAUAUUAUCCUUCGACUCUAUUAAGAAGUUCACGCAAUCGCAGGCCGUAUUUCUCGAAGCCACGCUCGUCAUGCUCCUCUGCUGGCUCGCCUUCUGCCUCCUCCUCCGCCUUUUCCCCCUCGGCUCCGACGGCCGCUCCGCCGCCUUCAAGAUCCGCUGGUGGAUAAGCCGCCUCGACGUCGCUUUUGCCACCCGCCACUGGCUGCACGAUCACCAACCCGUCGUCAAGCGCAAGACCGAGCUUGGAGGCUCCUUUACCAUUGCUAGCUGGAUUCUCUUCAUCGGUUUGUUUGCCGCGUUGCUCUAUCAAACGAUAUCAAAGCGAAGUGUUGAGGUGCAUAGUGUCAGAGCUGCCAAUGCGCCUGAGUUGGAGUCUUUUUUGAACGAUUUGGAAUUCAACAUUACUACUAUUCCGAGUAUGAGCUGUGCUCAAUUGCGCGGUUUGGAGACUGUUGUAACGGGGAAUCCUUUCUUCAUUGAUCAGAGAUCUUUUCGCCUUUCCACCUUUGCAAACUACUCUUGUCUCAACACCAGCUCAGGCCCUACCAUAUCCAUUCGCUGCAGUAACUGUCGCCUUAUCAGGGACUUCGCCUAUAUCUCGUGGCAUUUUGUUGAUCUUCCCAACAAUCCGGCCACUGCCGGUGGCUUUCAGUUUAACCUCACUGCAAAGAAAAAUGAGAGGAAGAAGCAUUUGAGUUUUGUCAGUGGAAUUGUGAAGAAUGCCACCGACUUUGAUGACAAACCGGUUACAUAUAGAGGGGCUGUGCCAAACAUUCUCAAAUUUAAUUUAUUUCCUAGACUUUACCGCAAUUUGCACGACUUAAAGCUCAUCCAGCCUCUAUUUCAUGAUUUUCUUCCUGGUUCAUCUUUUAGUGAGGUAAGUCAGCUUCAAGCAUCGCUCCAGAACUCUAGAGAUGGACUCAUCAACACUACGUUGGUUGUCAAUUUCCUAUCUUCGUAUAUUGUUGAGGUUGACAAUUAA